CGGGGGCCCGCAGCGCCGGCCGGGCCAUGGCGGCGCUGGAGUGGUUCGCGCACAAGCCCCUGGGCGGCGGUAUCUUUUGGAUCCAGGAACGCUUCUACGAGUCGGGCAACCGGGCCAACAUCUGGCUGGUGCGGGGCUCGCAGCGAGACGUGGUGAUCGACGCGGGGCUGGGGCUGCGCAGCCUGCCUGCCUACCUGCGUGACGCCGGGCUGCUGGCGCCGGCUGAGGGCGCCGGGCCGAGGCCGCUGCUGGCCGUGGCAACCCACGUCCACUUCGACCACUCGGGCGGGCUGCAGCACUUCGAGGACGUGGCGGUGCACAGCGCCGAGGCGGCGGCGCUGCUCCAGGGCGACAACUACGAGGCCGUGACGUGGCUGUCGGAGCGGGAGGUGGCGCGGCCGCCGCGGCCCGGCUGGAGCGCCCGGCAGUACCGCGUCCCGCCCGUGCGGGCCUGCCGCAUGCUGCACGAGGGGGAUGUGAUCAACCUCGGAGAUCGACAGCUCACUGUCAUGCACAUGCCUGGUCAUUCACGAGGCAGUAUUUGCUUACAUGACAAGGACCGGAAGAUUUUGUUCAGCGGAGAUGUGGUGUAUGAUGGAUCUAUGAUCGAUUGGCUUCCUUACAGCAGUGUCAGCGACUACAUUGCAAGCUGUCAGCGCCUGAUGGACUUAGUAGAUAGAGGUCUUGUAGAGAAGGUACUACCUGGGCACUUUAACAUAUUUGGAGCAGAAAGGCUGUAUUGGUUAGCUUCCAACUACAUUUCCCAAGCUGGAAUUUGUCACAAGAUUUCUGCCUGUGCUAUGAGAUCCAUUGCAAGCAUAGCACUUCAUAUUGCAAAUUCAAGAAUCACUUCUCAAUGACAGUCAAUUUUGUGUGAUCUGUCACGUGCUGUAAAACCAAAUGCAUUGUGAAAGCGUGAAUAGCAAGCAGAAGCAGUAUGUCUUAGCAAAAAGAUGGCCAAUUGAUACAGGUGAGCUUAAAAAAUUCUCCCUGUUUUUUCCUACUUUAUUUCUUCAUAUUUUUAUAAAAACUCUGUAAACUAGUAGCUUUAGCCAAAGCUAUAGUUUUUCUUUCUGCUUUUUCAGAGCAUGUUUUUACAUGUAUUGCAAUUGAAAUAUAUUGUUUUAUUUUUGUUACAACUCUGGCAGAUGGAUAUAUACGAAAAUAAGAGGUUUUACAUUCAUGCCUGAAACCUAGUAGAUAUAGUACUAGAUUUGUGAUUAUUCAUCACUUCCUGUUCAGGUUUUGAUGUAACAGAGCACUUGCUAAGACCUAGUGUGUGCUAGGAGCAGUGCCAUUAGGUCACAGCAGGAGCAACAUCUAUGCAGGACUCAGUGAGCAGAACAAGAUAAUUCUGCAGCCACUGCCACCUGUUAGCAUGGUAUCUGCUGCACCUCUCACUACUUGAAGUUUUAUCUUUGCAAAACACUCGUCUGGCAGUUUCUUUAGAAUACACUAACACAAGGAAAUUCUAUAGACCAGACUUUCAAGCUGGAAGUCACAGAUACAUCAGUUUAUCACAAAAGCUUUUGGUGCAGACAGAGUGUUGAGGCUUUCAUGUUUCCUGGUGUGGUGCAAGGAACCAGUGCACCAGGAGUGAGGGAGCAGGCAGGAGCACUCUCACUCACCAUUGGCUAGGGAACUGUUCUGCUUGUAGGCAUGUGAGUUAGGAAUUAGACCAUUUGUGAACUAGAGAAUUGAUGUGUUACGUUACCCUGUACAAAGUGAAUCGAGCUUUUGCUGGUUGUGUUUAUUUUUUUCUGAUCAGCUUAUUAAAAAUAUUUGGAGAGCUUGUUGUUCUGGAAAGCUGAGAGAAAAGCUUUUUUUGUUUAUGCUAAAGGGUAUUUUUAUGUGAUGGUGUUGUAGCUUGGUUGUUAAUCAUCUCUGUUAGGGGGGAUUGAAGCUUUAACAAGACCUUGCCAUAGUGAAGGUGCUGCAUUAAGCACCCAGUACACUUUUUAUCACAAAAUGAAUGUAACUCAAAUUGUUUACUGUUUGCAUCCGAAGUAUAUGCUGCACAUGGUUGUUCUGAAAUGUAAAGUGCGUUGCAUUGGGUUUGUUCCAAAAAAAAAAAAAAUAUUUGCUAUAUUGAGAAAUGCUAAAUAGCAUUGUAAUUUGCUUAUGAAAAUUGAAUGUGUGAUAUUUAAAAGCUGCUGAAAUGUUAGAGUUUGUGUAAUUAUUCUGACAGUUUGUACAUAUUUAGCUUUUUUUAAUGGACACUGUCAGAAUUUAUUUUUGUACAUAGAGAUAUAUAUGUUCCUAAAAAGACUACAAAUGUUUCUCUCAAAUUUUAGUGCAGUUGAACUUUUCUUGUUUGGCUUUCACUUUAUGCAGAAGGUUUUGCCCCAUCAUAGCCAAUCGUAAGGAAACCAGAGUGUAACACCUCCUGAGCGGCCACCGGGUAUCGAGGCGCCGGCCAGCAGUCCUCUGGAGUGGCCGGUGGGUGUCACAAGAGUGGCCGCCCCUGGGUCUCUAAUGAGAUUACCAGGUGGUGGUGUGUGCAGCGGCGGUGUGGGUGACGCUUGCACAGAGGUGUCACCAAGAUCCAAGACAGAGGGACAAAGGAGACGACACUUGCGUGUGGUCCAACGAGAUUUUAUUCCAGGAACAAGUCAGGGACAAGUGCCAAGGGGAAUGGGGUCCGGUUACAAUUUAUAAAGGGUGUGGGUGUGAAAGGGUGGUGACAUGGAAUAACCAAUGGAGACAGAGCACAGUAUGAUUACAUCCUGGGUCAUGACCAGUGGGGAAAAGACGGGAGGGGAGAAGCCUCAGGGGACCAACCAACUGCAAGAACAGGGGUGAUUGACAGAGAACUUUUGAGAACAAAAUGGGGGUGGCUACAAUGAUAGGGGAGGUGGGCAGCACAACUUGACACAUCUAUUUUAGGGUAAAAAGGAGAGGAACAGGGAGAUUGGCACUCUGAAUGACAGCUAAGUGGCGGGAAAACUUAGGGGUAAGCAACCUGGAAGAAACCAUUAUGAGGGGAAGGAAUAGGGGUACAAGGAACAUACCAUCCGAAACUUUCUAACAUUAAACUUCUAACUCAUAACAUCUUGCAAAACACACACCAUCACAUCAGAGGUUUGGGCUCUGUCUAAGGCAUGAGGGAGAGGAAGCUGAUAACCUUCUAAAUAGAUGCAAAUUCUUGGAAGAAAGAUCCAAAUGUAGAAGAAAGACCAACCUAUCACACUGAAUUAAAAAAAGCAUCUCUGUCUAAAAAUGAUAGAAGCAAGUAUCUUAUGUAAGGCUUUUUCCCUUUCAUAGAUGUCUGCACUCUUGCCUUUACUGUGAAUAUAUUCUUUACCAAGAUUUGUACUGAUUGUUGUUGCCUAGUUCUUCUUAGAAGUGCCUAUCUCCAAGCUGAAGCAAAACUGUGAGUGGGCAGGCCAUGUGCAGAGAUGCAGCACUUGAAGACCUGUUAUCAGUCACUUCAGAGUUUCUUUUUUGUUGAGAAAUCCAUGUACAUCAGUGUAUGACAUGGGGAGUGUUCAGUGGGUAGACUUAUGUCAUGAAAUCAAGAAGUGUUUAUCUUUGCCUCAGUUGGCAGAGGAAGAAAUACAAAAACAGCCUAGGAAGCAGGCUGAAGGUACACAUAUCUCUAAAGCUUACAUCAGUUAUCCAGAGGAUGCCAGGGUGUUACAGGUUACCUGAUAAUAAUUGAAUUCCUGCAAAUUAGUUGACAGUGGUGUGAAGACUGUGGGAGCCCUGGUGGUAACUCUGUGCAUUAAAGUAGUCACCCAAGAAAUCCAAAGCCUGCCAAUAUGGAUGUCAAGUUGCUAAAGUUUUGCAGAUGUUCACUAGAUCACUUUGCUAUGAACAAAAAAAUUUAAACUUUUGGGGAAAUGUAGUUAACAAUGUAUAUAUAUAUAAGGUUAAAUGUUUUUGGUACAAGUAACAAAGUGAGAUUAGAAGUGUAGUUAACAAUGUAUGUACAAGGUUAAAUGUUGUAGGUGCAAGCAACAAAAUAGUGAUUUGUCAUAUUAAUCCUCAGUACUGUUAUGCAUGUAUAAAGGGGGAGUGGAACUGGGGAGGAGAUGGGGGUGCCAAUCUUUGUGGAGGGGCAGGGAAGCUUCCAGAGGAAGCUUCAGCAAUGGAGAAAUAGACCUAUCACGGCACGGAUCUUGAGCGCCCCUACCAGGAGACAAGAAAGAGGCUUUAUAAGGCCUGGGGUCUCUGAUGCCCAGGUCUUUCCGGAGCCGCUUUCCUUGGAAACACCCCUAGGUUAUGAUCACUAAGUUGUUGAAACAGUCUCUGGACUAGCCAGAGGCUUUUGCUUCCAGUUGUUCAGUUUGUAAUAAACAGGCUUACUUGUGUUUUAAUCAACUAGCCUUCUUUUUAUUACUUUAAAAUUUUCUUUGUAAGCCUAUCCAUAACAACUUUGAAUUAGCAUCCUGUGUUAUACCACUAUCAGUUUGUUUAUUUGAUCCAAUAUUAGAAUCUGUGUAGCCAGAUUUUGUUGUGUUGUAAAGCCUGAGCUUUUACGAGAAGACUCACAGGCAAUGUCAGUUUAAAAGGAAAGAAUAACCUCUGUCCUCCAUCAUUUGUGUUUAAAUCUGUGCUCAGUAUUUCUAUCAGCUAAGAUCCUUAAAUAGCCAGAUCACUGUCAAAAUGCCCUAUUAAGCUAUGCUUAAAUCCACUAAGUGCUUAACCAAAACUUUGACUUUUUUCCUUUAUCAAAAUCUAGGGGAUAUUUUCCUAGCUCAGAAAUGAACUUUACAUGCACAUAAUCCAAAGUGGAGUUUGCUAGUAAACUGCUGCUAUAAUCCAAAUGAAAGUAGUUUUUUUAGGGUCAUGUUUUUUCUAUUAUAAGAAAUUCACUACCAGAUAAUAUUUAAAUGAUCUUAAGUUAAAAGAAUGAUUUCUGAUUAUUUUUAUUAAGACUUACCAAAUUUUAAUUGUAAGAGUUUGACAGUGGUCCUUUAACACUACUUGGAUUAAAUAUUUUUAAAAUAUAUUGUAAGUUUAAAUACUGUGUCAUGUAAGCAUUUAGACCUGUGUUUAUUUCUUUGUUACAUCUAAAUAUGUGUUAAUGUAGUUUUCAGUAGACUGGGGAGUUGACAUAAAAAUCAGAUGGGAAGUUUUGUUCUGUAAUCUGUCAAGGCUGUUAUGAUAUUAAACAACAGUUUGCACAUAAUAAAUUUUUUUCAUGUAUUGUCAUAAUAAAAAUUAUAACCCUA